GAAGGAAAGCUAAGAGGGAAACUGAGGAAAGUCACAUUUACGUUAGCUACAUUAACUGCUACUUUAUUCUCCUUUGUAAUAAAACUGAGAUUCGCCAAUAGCGUGGUGUUAUCCGGAUAGAAUAACAUUAUAAUGUUAGGUAAUUUACGAGAUUAGUUGUCUGCAUCAAUGUCGUGACGCGGGUCUGCCAAUGCAGUUGUCUAGCUGCUACCUGAGCUAGAAGCUAUGCAAUAAAUUGCCAGCCUAGCUAACGUUAUUGCUGGUUAGCUAUCUUUCAUUUAUUUUUGUUACCAGGACAGAGUUGAUGUAGAUGACGUUUUUUAAAGAAUAAAGUUCAGAUGAGAGUUUAGCCUAGGCCUACCUGAAAAUAUUUUAGAAACGUCAAUGGCUGAGACUGUUGGAGCGAUUCUCAUGGACCCUCCAGUAAUAAGACGCAACCUCAACGCCGCUGAUCCCAGGAAAAUGAGGCGGAUAAUUGCGGAGGAUCCUGAGUGGUCUCUCGCUGUGGUACCUCUUUUGACCAACCUGUGCUUGGAACACAUUGUUAUUAACUUCGAAGUACAACCAAUGCUUCAUGAUCUCCUGCCUAGUCAUAAGGCAUACGUGCUGGAGAAACUGCCCCCAUCCUUGCCACUGGAGGUGACAGCCAAUUUGAUCAGUGAUGAAGGCUACUGGAAGAAAUGCUGUGUGGAGCGCUGGGGCCUGGGGGAUGUCACAGCCUAUGGGAACAGCUGGAAACGUAUGUUCUUCGAACGGCACCUGGAGAAAAUCAUCGAGCUCUUUAUCCCCGAUGUCACUGAUCCCAAGACGGUUCUGGACAUGGUUCCACUCUGCAAGAACUAUGUAAAGAAACUGAACAUCUCCCAGCUCCUGCCUCCCAUCAAGGCUCCUCAGAAGGCAGAUGACAACGACUCCUCAGACACAGGGAGUGACUCGGGCUUUGACGGGCCCUCUAUGGACCACUUUGACUUUGGUAUCUUACUGGACAAACUUAUCUACCUAGAGGAGCUGCAUUUAGUGUAUGGGGUCAAAGGGUGUGGCAUGAACUUUGAGUGGAACCUUUUCGAGUUCACAUUCCGAGACUGUGAAUCGCUGGCAAAAGCUCUUAAGCAAUGCAAGACCCUAAGGGUGCUCAGAAUACUUCAGAGUAAAGUGGACAACGAAAAGUGUCGCCUGCUGGUGAGCUACCUCCUCGAUCACCCAUCCCUGCAAGACCUUGACCUCUCUCACAACCUCAUCAGCGACAGGGGCGCCCGGGCCGUCGGCAAGCUCCUCAACCGGAGCCGGCUGCGCUCGCUGAACGUCUACGACAACCAGAUCCGCGGAGCCGGUGCCGAAGCGCUGGCCUAUGCCCUGGCCAAGAACACCAGCCUGCUGACCCUCAACCUGCGGCUGAACCGUCUGGGGGACGAGGGCGGACAGGCCAUCGCUCAGGCCCUGACCAAAAACCAGACCUUGGUCAACCUCCAUCUAGGUGCCAACCAGCUGACCGAGCCCACGGCCAUAGCUCUCUCCCAGGCUCUGGUGCAGAACAACACCCUGAAGAGCAUCAACCUUUCCUGCAAUCGGCUCGGAGUGGAUGGGGGCAAAGUUCUGGAGGAGGGCAUGUCACAUAACGACACCGUAGUGGACUGUGAUGUCCGACUCACGAGCAUCGAGCAAGAGAGUGAGGUCUGCAUCAGCCAGAUCUUGCGCACCAACCAGAGCAAGACUCGCAGGAAACAUACACAAGAACCCAUAAAAUGAUCCCCAGAGCACCUGUGUAAUAUUUAGUAUCCACAGCUACUCAUUAAAAAGCACACAUCAUAUUUCA